AUGGGCAGAGCGGGAGCAGCUUCCACGUCUUCGACCAGGGCCAGUUCGCCAAGGAGGUGCUUGCCCAAGUACUUCAAACACAACAACAUGGCCAGCUUCGUCCGGCAGCUGAACAUGUACGGCUUCCGGAAGGUGGUGCACAUCGAGCAGGGCGGGCUGGUGAAGCCGGAGAAGGACGACACGGAAUUCCAGCAUCCCUUCUUCCUGCGGGGCCAGGAGCAGCUCCUGGAGAACAUCAAGAGGAAAGUCACCCACUCCAGCGUGUCGGGGCUGAAGGGGGACGAGGUGCGCGUGCGGCAGGACAGCGUGGCGCGGCUGCUCCCGAAAAAUCCCCCAAAAAUCCUAACAAAAAAUCCGAAAAAAAUCCUAAAAAAUCCCAAAAAAUUCCCCAAAAAUUCCCCCAAAUUCCCGGAAUUCUGGGAUGUGCAGGUGUCGGGGCUGAAGGGGGACGAGGUGCGCGUGCGGCAGGACAGCGUGGCGCGGCUGCUCCCGAAAAAUCCCCCAAAAAUCCUAACAAAAAAUCCGAAAAAAAUCCUAAAAAAUCCCAAAAAAUUCCCCAAAAAUUCCCCCAAAUUCCCGGAAUUCUGGGACGUGCAGGUGUCGGGGCUGAAGGGGGACGAGGUGCGCGUGCGGCAGGACAGCGUGGCGCGGCUGCUCCCGAAAAAUCCCCCAAAAAUCCUAACAAAAAAUCCUAAAAAAUCCCAAAAAAUUCUAAAAAAUUCCCCAAAAAUUCCCCCAAAUUCCCGGAAUUCUGGGAUGUGCAGGUGUCGGGGCUGAAGGGGGACGAGGUGCGCGUGCGGCAGGACAGCGUGGCGCGGCUGCUCCCGAAAAAUCCCCCAAAAAUCCUAAAAAAAAAAUCCAAAAAAAAUCCUAAAAAAUCCCAAAAAAUUCCCCAAAAAUUCCCCCAAAUUCCCGGAAUUCUGGGAUGUGCAGGUGUCGGGGCUGAAGGGGGACGAGGUGCGCGUGCGGCAGGACAGCGUGGCGCGGCUGCUCCCGAAAAAUCCCCCAAAAAUCCUAA